ACUUUUCCAGUAAAGGGACCCAAUCUAGAUUGUGGGGCCCAAAUCUUCUUUCUCCAACAAAAAGAGACCCAACAGUUCCUUUUUUUUUUUUUCCUCGGUAAUUUAUUGUUAAUUUCAUCAACAGUCUUUCAAAAUUCGAGAUAGAUAUCCUUAGAUUUUUUCCUUUUUUUAACACAUAUUCAGCAUCUGCUUCAAGAAACCCAGUAUUGAUUAUGAUUCACCUUCAUAAAUAUAUGAACUUUUUGAGUAGCUGAUGGCUGAGGAAGAAGGCAGCGCCAAUUCCCCCAACAAGGAUUACUACAAAGUUUUGGAGGUUGCUUAUGAUGCAACUGAUGAGAAUAUCAGAUUAAAUUACAGGAGGCUGGCGCUGAAGUGGCAUCCUGAUAAGCACAAGGGUGACAGCGCCGCUACGGCAAAGUUUCAAGAGAUCAGUGAAGCUUACAAAGUGUUGAGUGAUCCUGCUAGGAGACUUGACUACGAUUUUACCGGUAUCUACGAGAUUGAUAAGUAUACCAUAAGGGAAUAUCUUGCGAGGUUUAAAGGAAUGAUAUUGACGUGCAACGGGCUCGGUAUUAGUCACACACCAGUAUGGACAGAGCAGCUCAAGGAAGAAGCUGAUCAUGAGCAAAUGGAUAAAUAAGGUCCGAGUGUUGUAAGU